UCCCCUUAAUAAAAGGCCCACCCACUCCAGGACCCCAAAUUGCAGCUUACACCUCACCCACAGCUGUGCCCUCAUACUCACCCUCUACCACAGCCAUGGCUCAGUCACUGGCUCUGAGCCUCCUUUUCCUGGUCCUGGCCUUCUCCAUCCCCUGGACCCAAGGCAGUGAUGGAGGAGCACAGGACUGUUGUCUCAAGUACAGUGUAAGGAAGAUUCCUGACACGCUGGUCCGCAGCUACAGGAGGCAGGAGCCAAGCUUGGGCUGCCCCAUCCCGGCUAUCCUGUUCUCACCUCGGAAGCGCUCUCAGGCAGAGCUGUGCGCAGACCCUAAGGAGGCCUGGGUGCAGAGGUUGAUGCAGCGUCUGGACACAUCACCAGCCCCACGGAAACAAGCCCAACGCUGUAAGAAGGACAAGUCUGGCAAGAAGAGAAAGGGCUCCAAAGGCUGUAAGAGGACUGAAGAGUCCCAGACCACCCAAAAGCCAUAGCCCAGUGACCAGCCUGGAGCCCAGGGGGCCCCCAUCAGCUGCACCAGGGUUCGGAGCCCCUAUCCCAGGGGCAAGAAGUGAGCUAGAAGACAGGGAGGACUCAGGGGCCCCCAGAGCAGUCCUUCUACCCCCAUGCUGGCCU